AUGACGCACGGUGCAGAAAAUGUUAUGGUGGUUUGUCGAUGUAGGCCUUUUAGUGAAAAGGAAAAGGCUGCAGGUCAUUUCAAAAUAUGCAACAUUGAUCCAAAAAACUGUGUCAUUUCGUUAAAAAAUCCAAAACAAGAAAGCGACAUCAAAACGUUUACGUUUGACUCGGCAUUUGAUGAAGGAUGUACUCAGGCAAGUGAUUUGGUAUACUCUGAAACCGCGCAAGUCAUUGUGGAUGCUGCCCUAGAAGGUUUUAAUGGCACAGUACUUGUAUAUGGUCAGACUGGUACGGGUAAAACCUUUUCAAUGCAGGGUAUACCAACCACUCCGCAUCUUCGGGGUAUCAUUCCAAAGACUUUUCAUCAUAUUUUUGAUCACAUUGCUCAAACAUCACAAAAAAAGUUUCUUGUACGAGUUUCAUUUUUAGAAAUUUACAAUGAGGAAAUCAAGGACUUGCUUAUCAAAGCCAACAAAAAUCCAAAAGGUGGUCUUGAUCUCAAAGAACAUCCAGAAACGGGUAUCUAUGUUAAAGAUCUAUCAGCAUUUGUUGUAAAGAGCGUUGAGGAGAUGGAGCAUUUGAUGGAUGUAGGAAAUAAGCAUCGGUCUGUUGGCGCGACACUGAUGAAUGAAAACUCGUCACGAUCGCAUUCUAUUUUUAGUAUUACUAUUGAAUCAUCCGAGCCUGGACCGGAUGGACAGGAUCGUUACGUUUCAGGAAAACUUAAUUUGGUUGACCUUGCAGGAUCUGAACGACAAUCCAAAACGGGUGCGUCGGGAGACCGACUUAAAGAAGCCACCAAGAUUAAUUUGUCACUUUCAGCACUUGGAAAUUGCAUUUCAGCACUUGUAGAUGGUCGCAGUUCACACAUUCCCUAUCGCGAUUCUAAACUCACUCGACUUCUUCAAGACUCUUUGGGUGGAAAUGCAAAAACGCUCAUGAUUGCCACUCUUAGUCCAGCAAGCUACAAUUUUGAAGAAACACUAAGCACUCUGAGAUAUGCAAAUCGUGCCAAGAGUAUCAAGAAUAAGCCAGUGGUCAAUGAAGAUCCAAAAGAUACAAUGCUUCGAGAAUACCAAGAAGAAAUUGAAAACCUUCGACGAGCUCUUGAAGCUAGAAAGCAAGGAGGAGGAGCUCCGCCACAACUUGAUCCCGAAACUAUUGCUAAACUGCAAGCUGAAGUAGAGGCUGAAAAACGAGCGCUUCUUGCGUCAAAAGACAUUGUUAUUGAAGAAAAGGAGCGCAUUGCAAUGGAGCUAGAGAAACGUGCAGCAGAUCUUGAAAAGGAGCGACAGGAGCGAGAGUUUUUAGAAUCCAAGUUAAAGGCAAUGGAGGGAAAAUUAUUAAUAGGAGGAUUGAACAUUGUAGAUAAGAUUAAUGAGCAGGAGCGUGAGUUAUUGGAGGCACAAAAUAAGCUUCAAGAGCAGCAUCGACGCGAACGGGAAUUGCAGCUACAGCUUGAGCAAAAGCAAGAAGCACAGUUACAGUUGGAGGAAAGCCAUGCAUCUUUACAAGAAGAAGUUGAUGUCAAAACCAAGAAACUUAUGAAGCUAUGGACAAAACUACAAGAAGUCAAAACAGAGAUCUCAGAUGCCAAGGACGAGUUUCGCAAUGAACGCGAGGAUCUACUCGAUACAAUCAGAGAACUAUCAAGAGAAUUGAGUUUAAAGUUGACAAUAAUUGAUAAUUUUAUACCCACAGAAGAACGAAUUAAAAUUGAAAAGCGUGCGUUGUACGAUGAAGAAAAGGAUGACUGGAUAAUGACUACACAGCGAGAUCUAAAACAGCACGUGGAUCUUCCAGUGUCUAUACCAACAAUCAAAAGGCCGAUAUGUCAAUACUCCAAAAUUAUGAUGACGAUGGGUGAUACCAAUCCACGAUAUCGAUAUGAUAAUAUUCUAACACUUCCGGUAAUUGACUCAUGGGUUAAAUUUACAUGA